AUGACGAUGAUGCUUGAUGAAUCUGUGUUCAGCAAAUCUGGUAUACCCAAAAUGGGAAGAAAACGUCAGCAUUCGGAGUCGAGUGAGGAUGAUGUUUCUAGUCCAAAAUCACACUCGCCUUCCCUCAAUGAUGAUCGACGUGCACAUCAUAACGAAUUAGAAAGAAGACGAAGAGAUCAUAUCAAAGAUCACUUUAUGGCUUUAAAGAAUGCAAUUCCAAUUUUGGAAGGAGAAAAGUCAUCCCGUGCUUUAAUCCUCAAAAGAGCCAUUGAAUAUAUUGGACUCAUGAAGAACAAAAUCAACGAAAGCGAAAACGGUAUGGCUGAAUUGAAGAGAAGAAACGAAUUACUCGAAGCUCAAUUGAAUUCCGUUCCAUCUUCUUCACCCUCAGUUACUUCUCCUGUAGCCAGUAUUUCUGCUUCCUCAAUCCCUGCAACCACCGUUGCUCCGACUACCUCAGAAUAUGCUCCAUGUUCAGCUGCAAACACUUCUGUACCGAUUGAAAGCUUAAUUUUGCCAGCUUUCCGACCAACGCCUAUCCAGCCAUCUGCUAUGCAGAUCCCUAUGAGUGCUCCAACACUGCCCACCAUGGAUGCUCUGCGAAUGAACAGCCUCUUCCCCACUACCAGUCAAGAUGGUUUCAUGGCCUUGGCACAACUCCUCAUGAAUCCCAACGGCCGAUUUUCAAACAGUCCCAAACACGCCUCACUCCAAAACGUCAGCCCUGUACAUCAAGUUCCUGAUCUUAACAAAAGCAUAUUAGCCAAUACAUUAAGUCAGCAAACUCCAGUCCAAUUCUCAGUUUAA